AAAAAAACUAGGAAAAAAAUUGAAAUCAGAAGACCUAAACCAACCAAAUCGCGUACAUGAAACUAAAAAUUUACAUACGUGCUUGUUAUAUAGUUCAUGUAUAAUUAAAGUCUAAAUUUACGUAACGUCUAGUAUGCAUAAUGGAAACAAAAGGUCUAACGUAUGCUCUAAGUCUACAAGAGAGACAUAUAAUCUAUUAGUUUUUAUGACAUAGUGUCUACACAAGGAACAUUCAUGUUCCUCUUUGCGAACACUCACAAUUUUACUUCACACAAUUAUAGUUCGCAUACCAAAAAAAUGUUCAUUUUACCAAGUUUAUAAUAUUUUAUAGAAUUACAAAAUGUUUACUUAAAGAAAUAUGCAAACAACAAGAUUUGUAUACAAUACCUUCACACAACGAUGUUUUGUAUUUACACUUCAAAGGUUUCCAGGAAAUUGAAAAUUUAGAAGAGUAUACUGGACUUAAGUGUUUAUGGUUGGAAAAUAAUUGUUUAAGUAAAAUUUCAGGGUUGGAAAAUCAAACAGAACUUAUUAGUAUAUACCUUCAUCAUAAUGGUCUUAUGAAAAUUGAAAAUCUAGAUUGUCUGCAAAAAUUAAAUACUAUUAAUUUGAGUUACAAUUUCAUUAGAAAAAUUGAAAACCUAAGUAUUCUACCUGGACUUAGUUCUUUGUUUAUAAGUCACAAUAAACUUUCUACUGCUGAUGACAUUUCUCAUUUAACUGAAUGCAAAUGUUUGUCAAUUGUUGAUCUGUCACAUAAUAGCUUGGAUGAUCCCGAAAUAGUCGAAAUAUUCUCAAAAAUGGAAUGUUUAAAAGUAUUAACACUAACCGGAAACGGCGCUAUUCCUAAAAUAAAAAACUAUAGAAAAACAUUAAUAUUAAAAUGUAAAGAUCUACGUCACUUGGAUGAUAGACCAGUAUUUUUUAAGGAUCGAGCUUGUGCAGAAGCAUGGAGUGAAGGUGGAAUCGAAGCUGAACAAGCCAUGAGGAUAAAGUUAAAUCAAGAGGAACAGCAAAGAAUAAACGACUCUGUUGAAGCAUUAAUAAAAUUACGAGACAUUGGACAUCAAAGUAAAAAUUUAACGAGCAAAACCUUGGACCAAAGUGCAGGAGAUAAUAUUACUGUAAACAACUUGAUUUCUUCUGAAGAGUUUUAUAAAAAUUACGAAGAAGAAAGUAGCGAUUCUUCAGAUGAAUCGUCUGAAAAUUCUUUCUGUAAAGGUCCACUAGUUCAAGAAGUUUGUAGUGAAAGUGAAGUAAACGAGAGUUUAGAAGAAAAAGAUUGUACGGCGAAUGAUUUAUGUCAUACCAUAGUAAAUUCGUUAGUUGACAAAUGUUAUGACAAUAAACUAACAAAGAUCUCUAAUGACAUCUCAAUUGACAAAACUUCACAACAAAAAAGUGAAAAGAGACUUAAUUUGACUGAUAAACAUGAAGAAACAUUAAUUCUAGAUCAAUGUAAAAUUGCUAUCAGUGAUAAAAAUGAUACUGUCGUCGAUUGUAAUCGGAUAGAAAAUAAUAACGAAUGUUGUUCAAUUGACAAGCUAACACUAAGAGAACUUAGCGACUAUAGUUGUACCGAAAGUUCAAUGGACAUAUGCUGUAAUAAAACCGAACAAGAUGACAGUGAAUUCGGUCAAGUUGAACAUAAUAUUGAAAACGAAACUGCACCAGUGAAUUGCAUUUCAAAUUUAUUUCACGCUUCAAAAUCUUCACAAAUUGAAGAAAUGCUCGUGAAAUUACCAUGGAAAAACAGUCAAAAUGAAACAGAUUUCAUCAAAUUGUCAAUGAAACAAAGUCAUGAUACUGACGAUAAAAUAGAGCAAGAAACUCGUAAAAUCAGACCUUUAAUUCAAGAACUAUAAAUAAUGUUUUUUUUACCUUUUAUUUGAUUUUCUUAUUAUUUAUUUUUUUAUUCAAUCUUUAUGCGUUGUAUAAACUAAUGUAAUGUACUUAUAGAUGAUAUUAUUAGAGGAAUGUCUUCAACAUUAAUAUUAUAUUUUAUAGUUGGAAAAUUCUCAUG